AGCUCCGUGAUAUCAGGCGUAAUCUGCGAAUGCGCGCGCAUCAGUGUGCGAGCUGAGUUCUCAGCACCAAGGACAGCGUCUCUCGCAGAGCAUCAGGUCACCCUUGACAAAACCUUGACUAAGAUUCAAUCACGCCAAGAGCGGGACAAGUGAGCGCAGAUGACUGCAACAUUACUGCAAAACUGAUUUUUCCACCUUCUCCCGAGAGAGAGCGCAUAUGUGAGGCGACUAUCAACAGGAGCCAGCAUCAUUCUCUACAAAGGCGUGUUGACAUGGUUCUUGAAUAUGAACGGGUUUCAUGAGUGAAGCCCAUUCCUCUGCGGAGUGGACUGAGGCGAUCGCAUUCCAGUGCUGCUGGAGAGGACGCAGUGAGAGCGGAUCUGUCUAAUCAACGGGCAUCGACACGCAUCCUCCACGGGGCACUCAGCUUGACUCCUCUGCCAUCCAGGGCAAAAUGCGUCUGGUUCUGUUCGCCUUCCUCAUCUCGUGCUCCUGUGCGAGAGGCGGAUGCGAACCCAAGACUGUGAAUAUCGGGGCUGUCCUGAGCCAGAAGAGAUAUGAACAAGUGUUCAAAGACGCUGUCACCCAAGCCAACAAUAUAUACGGCAAAGAUAAAUUCAAGAUGAACGCUAUUUCUGUCACCCAUAAACCAAACGCAAUCCAGAUGGCACUCUCCGUAUGUGAGGAUCUCAUCUCUAACCAGGUAUAUGCGAUCUUGGUGAGCCACCCACCCCAGUCCAACGACCAUCUAACUCCCACUCCGGUGUCCUACACAGCUGGUUUUUACCGUAUCCCUGUAGUGGGCCUCACCACCCGCAUGUCCAUCUACUCUGAUAAGAGCAUCCACCUCUCCUUCCUGCGCACGGUGCCACCCUAUUCCCACCAAGCCCAAGUGUGGUUUGACAUGAUGCAUGAGUUCCAGUGGAAUCACAUCAUCCUGAUUGUGAGUGAUGACCACGAGGGCAGAGCGGCACAGAAAAGACUGGAAACCCUGCUGGAGGAAAGGGAGACGAAGAGUAAAAACAGGAACUAUGAAAACCUCGACCAACUGUCCUUUGACAACAAGCGAGGACCCAAGGCAGAGAAAGUGCUCCUGUUCAGCCAAGACACAAAUCUGACGGCUCUGCUCCAGGAAGCCAAAGAGCUAGAGGCCCGAGUUAUCAUCCUGUCUGCAAGUGAAGACGAAGCUGCAGCCAUUUACAAAGCAGCGCGCCAGCUCAAUAUGACAGGCUCUGGUUAUGUGUGGCUGGUUGGAGAAAGGGAGAUGUCUGGUAAAGCACUGAGUGAAGCCCCAGAUGGUUUGCUCGGCCUUCAGCUUAUCAAUGGCAAGAACGAGUCUGCACACAUCUACGAUGCCGUGGCUGUGGUGGCCCAGUCCAUUCAGGAGCUCUUUGAGAAGGAGAAUAUCACAGAGCCUCCUCGAGGCUGUGUUGGCAAUACAAACAUCUGGAAGACUGGCCCACUCUUCAAACGAGUGCUGAUGUCAUCCAAGUAUCCAGAUGGCCUGACAGGCCGCGUGGAGUUUAAUGAUGACGGAGACAGGAGGUUCGCCCACUACAGCAUUCUGAACUACCAGAAAACCCGGCUGGUGCAAGUGGGCGUCUACAAUGGCUCGCAAGUUGUAAUGAACACUCAGAGGAAGAUUAUUUGGCCAGGAGGAGAGACUGAAAAGCCAAAAGGGUAUCAGAUGUCAACAAGAUUAAAGAUUGUCACCAUUCAUCAAGAGCCCUUUGUGUAUGUGAAACCAACGCUACGAGAUGGAACAUGUAAGGAAGAGUUCACUGUAAAUGGAGUCCUGAUCAAAAAAGUGAUCUGCACUGGCCCCAAUGAGACCAUUCCAGGUCGCCCCAUAGUGCCUCAGUGCUGCUAUGGGUUCUGCAUUGACCUUUUGAUCAAACUUGCAAUGACAAUGAACUUCACCUAUGAAGUGCAUCUAGUGGCUGAUGGCAAAUUUGGCACUCAGGAGCGUGUAAAUAACAGCAACAAGAAGGAGUGGAAUGGCAUGAUGGGAGAGCUCCUGAGUGGCUUGGCAGACAUGAUCGUGGCUCCACUUACAAUCAACAAUGAACGAGCCCAGUAUAUAGAGUUCUCGAAACCGUUCAAGUACCAGGGGCUCACAAUACUUGUCAAAAAGGAAAUACCGCGCAGUACACUGGACUCGUUCAUGCAGCCUUUUCAGAGCACUCUGUGGUUACUGGUGGGUCUAUCGGUCCACGUUGUGGCGGUGAUGCUCUACCUAUUAGACCGUUUCAGCCCGUUUGGAAGGUUUAAAGUAAAUAGUGAAGAGGAAGAAGAAGAUGCCCUCACCUUAUCCUCUGCUAUGUGGUUCUCCUGGGGUGUACUUCUGAACUCCGGCAUUGGAGAAGGUGCCCCUCGGAGCUUUUCAGCAAGGAUUUUAGGUAUGGUGUGGGCUGGUUUUGCUAUGAUUAUAGUUGCAUCUUAUACUGCCAAUUUGGCAGCCUUCCUAGUGCUGGAUCGGCCUGAGGAGCGCAUUACCGGCAUCAACGACCCUAGGCUGCGAAACCCAUCAGACAAGUUCAUCUACGCCACAGUGAAGCAGAGCUCUGUGGACAUUUACUUCCGCCGUCAAGUUGAGCUAAGCACCAUGUACCGCCACAUGGAAAAGCACAACUACGAGAGCGCCGCUGAAGCCAUCCAGGCCGUGCGAGACAACAAACUCCACGCGUUUAUAUGGGAUUCAGCAGUGUUGGAGUUUGAGGCCUCGCAGAAAUGUGACCUGGUCACCACAGGCGAGCUGUUCUUCCGCUCUGGAUUCGGUAUCGGGAUGCGUAAAGAUAGCCCGUGGAAGCAAAAUGUCUCACUGGCCAUCCUCAGUUCCCAUGAGAAUGGCUUCAUGGAGGACUUGGAUAAAACCUGGGUCCGUUAUCAGGAGUGUGACUCCAGAAGCAAUGCACCAGCCACGCUGACUUUCGAGAAUAUGGCAGGCGUGUUUAUGUUGGUGGCUGGUGGCAUCGUCGCCGGGAUCUUCCUCAUCUUCAUUGAGAUUGCAUACAAACGACACAAGGAUGCACGCAGGAAGCAAAUGCAGCUGGCUUUUGCAGCAGUUAACGUAUGGAGGAAGAACUUACAGGAUAGGAAAAGUGGUAGAGCAGAGCCCGACCCCAAAAAGAAAGCCUCUUUUAGGUCCAUCAGUACCAACCUGGCCUCCAACAUCAAGAGACGUAGGUCGUCCAAAGACACGCCAUAUCCUACGGACAUUACCGGCCAGCUCAACCUGUCAGACCCCUCUGUGAGCACAGUGGUGUGAAAGUGGAGAGAGAAAGAGAAUUUGACAGGCAAAAAGAAAGAGAGAGACAGGAAAAGCAGGAGGUGUUGGGCUCUGAAACAGACCGCUUGAGACAACACCUUCAGCACCGUCAUUUGAGCAAAAUCCACCUCGUCUCAGCAUAUGCACACUGGAUAUGAAACUUAUGGACACGCUGUGCCAAAUUCAACCACACUGGAGCAAAUUCACACUGCCACACAGUUCACACCAGACCAACACAUUCACA